ACCUGUUUUUUUCCGAUUCCGGUCUCCAUUUGUGCGAAGCACGUUUUCGUGUUAUUGUAAUUUUGGCUUCAGCGAGUCCGUCUUUAUUUUGAAUUGUAUCAUCAUGCCUCAAAUGAGUGUGUCGGAAGUUUUAUCGAUUGAAGAAGUUGAAAAAACCGAAGGUGAUCAUAAAUCUGGCACAGAAUCCGAAAGUGAUGAAUCUUCACCUGAAGCAGAUGAGGGAGACAAUGCAGCCCAGUCAAGUACGAGUCAGAUGGCUCAAAUGGCUGGUUUGAGCGAAGAGUUGGUCAGUAAAGCUAAACAAAGUCGCGGAGAAAAAAAAGCAAGAAAAUUGAUGUCAAAGCUUGGCUUAAAACAAGUGCAAGGUGUUUGCAGAGUGACCAUCCGGAAGUCUAAAAAUAUCUUGUUUGUGAUCACUAAGCCUGAUGUCUAUAAAAGUCCUGCUGGCGAUACUUACAUCGUGUUUGGCGAAGCUAAAAUUGAAGAUUUAAGUCAGCAAGCUCAAAUGGCUGCGGCUGAAAAAUUUAAAGCCCCUGAAGGCGCAGGACUGGCUGGUGACGGGCCGUCACAAACGAUCGCAUCCCAAUCUAUCGAAGAGGAGUCUGAGGAGGAAGGUGAAAUUGAUGAUUCUGGGGUGGAAAGUAAAGAUAUCGAGCUUGUCAUGUCGCAGGCUAAUGUUUCCCGUGGUAAAGCCAUCAAAGCUCUCCGAAAUAAUAGCAAUGAUAUUGUGAAUGCCAUUAUGGAAUUGACUAUGUAACUUUUAAAUAUUUUAAGAAGGAGGUAUGGCUUCAGCUCCAUCUUUGACAAAUAAUCUGUUAUAAUCUGUCUAUUUCAGUAAUGUUCUAAGCCAAUUCGUGUGUAUAAACCUAAUUUACGCCUGUUAAAUAAAAAAUAUUACAGGGUUUCUUUUCACUGUUAAUA